AAAUCCGUCCCAUACCCGGUUUUUCAUUAGAAACCCUAAAAAGGGGUCUCGCCUCUCUGUGGCUCCGCCGCUUUCCUUCAUCGUUCACCUCUUCUUCACCGAUCCGCUUCUUCACCCAAACAGCCAUCCUCUACCUCAUCAAAACCCUAGACGCCGGUGAGCCCACGGAAAAAAAACUAGCUGCCUCUCGGUGGAAAACCACGAAAGACGCCAGGGGAAGCUCUCUCCCGAACCACCCGAUAAAUACCUGCCACUGGGGUUCUCUCCACUGAUUCAAGCCACUGGGAGACACACAGGAGAGUUGAGAAACUGGAGAAAAUCAACAGGGAAGAAGGAAGCAGAAAGAGGCGAGAAGGGAGAAAGGCAGCUACCGGGAUCCUUUGCAUCCGAGGAGCUCAAGAAAAGCCCAGAAAAAUCAGACUCUGACUGGCCUAGUUGUCAAGGAGAAGAGGCGGAUUUCAUCUUGGAAAUGGAAAGUCCUAGCUGCUGAGUUCCACCGUCACUUGAAUUCAUCUUUCCUUGGACAUGGCUGAGAUUCAAGUUCAGGAGAGUGAAAAUCCGUGGACAUAUUUGGUGGCCUUGGCAGAUCUGACAGCAUUGAAGCAGACGGGUACAGUGAGCGGAUUUAAGGAGCUAUUUGAUCUUCUCUAAACGAGACUCACUGAAAAGCAAGCAGUCUCUUUCUUUGUUGAUGGAUUAAAGGAAGAUAUCCGGCCAUCUGUGAGGUUGUUCAAACCCCCAUCCUUGUAUAAUGCUUAUUGCUUGCUUUCCUACUAGAAUCAUGCUUGGAAGACGUUCAAGGAAUAGCUAACACCAAAACCCAUACCUGAGCAAGAAGAAAUUCUGUGAGCUGUAGAUGAAAUAGUGCAGUGCAGGUGGUGGAAGCAUCACAGGAGAAAACCACUGCCGGAGAGCAAGAUAAAUUGGUGGCUAUGGAACUUGACUAGAAUCCACCACUGGUGACUCCUAUCGCUGAAGAUGAUUUCUUUAUAUCCUGUGUGGUUGCUGAAGAUGAGUCCGUCAAACCUGCAACUUUUGAUGAACACAACUUUCCUAAACACAAGCUGUUCAGUAAAAUGCCACAAAGAGCUGCAAGGUACAAGCAAUUGGAUGAGCUUCUCAAAUUUCCAUUGGGUGAGUUCUCAAAGCACUUCAGUACUCUAGUCUUUGUUGUUGCUGAAUUGGUUACAAUGAGUCAGAAGAGAAAGGUGGAUGAAUAGUGGGAGCCCUUGGCUUUGCUAUUCCCAAAUCCAGGUAUAUCUGACAAACAAACCCCUUAUUUAAGCGGUUUUCAGGGAGAUAGUGGAAUAAUUUUGCCACAACCUUUGUUUGAUGCCUGUAGAUAUGCAUUGGCAAAACAAUUAAAGGAUUUAACCAAUUCCUUGCAUGAGGGAAUAUUCAUUGAAACUGCUACUGCUCUUGGGUUAGUAGGUGUAUUUAAUGGUUUUAAUCUUGAUCAAUUGCCUAGAGGUAUUGCUGUUGGCUGUGUUAGUUGUCCUAAUACUUGUUCUUCUAAUUUGAAGAAUGUACAAGGAGUGGCUUUGUACAAUCCUGUGCUUGCAGGACAAUCCUCAUUAUAUUGUUGAUGGUUAUUUGUUCAUUGCUAUCAAAUUUUUCCCAAGAAUUUGUUUUGGUG